ACCGUGAAGUGAAUAUAAUGCAAUUACAUUUAUGUUUCAUAACAUAUUAAAUUCAAAUCCGAUAAGGGAAUAUAUUGCACUUAUUUGUGAGGCAUAUCUGAGUUAUCUGUGGUCAUUGUGAUAUGUGGACUUGAAGUUGAAGCAUUUGAAACAUGAUUCCGGAAGAUUAAUUAAAAAACAAAAAACAAUACUGACAAUGGACAAAAGUUGAACCUUAUACGAUAACAACUUAUACGAUAACAAUGUUAUUACAAAUCAUUUUUCUAAGAAAAUAAUAACUUACAGAUCGUUCAGCACGACAUUAUUGGUGCAUAAACAGCCAUUCCCUACAUGUGAAAGGACCAUACGACAUUGGUGGACAGUGUGGAUUUUUAUGUUUGGAUGGUAUUUUUCAAUGGUACGAAUUUAUUUGGGGCGAAACAACGAACACAGAGGUGACGUAGGGAUUUCCCAACUACAGCCAAUCAGAACGGCUUUUAUAUUUCUUAUUUACUUCCGGUGACCGGGUCUCCGUUCAACUAGCUAGUUAAUUUUCUAUAUUUUAAAGAGCUCUAACAUUUAAUUAAUUAAAGAUACAUAUUCUUAUUUAUAUAUCAACGUUGGAUUAUUCACUUCUUCGGACCAUUUAGACGACAACAAUAUAUUUGUGGACUUUGAACAUUUGUAAACAAACAGUGUAAAUUCUUUAGAAUAAUUCAGUGUUUACAAAUUGGAAGUACGGCUAGCCAAAACGACGGCAUUCCUUGCAAAGGACUGGAGAUGGCAGAGUCUUCUGAUAUUGAAAUGCAUAUAGGACGUCAAGUCAUAAAUAGAAAUUACGAUGCACUCAGGAAGUAUAUGCAUCCUGAUCCCGUAAUUGAUUGUAAAACAGACUUUGUAUUACUCACCGACACAGAAAGAAAUAGUAUCAAGGAUAAGGACCUUACUGAUAAGAAUGACACACUAUUGAAAAUAGUUAUAUCCAAAGGUGCUAAAGGUUACACGGAUUUUAAGGAGCGUCUAAGAAAGACUUGGCAGACUGAACUGCUAGAACUGAUCGUUUGUUCAGAGAAUGGACAGGACACAAACGAGAUGGAGGGUCGGCUUGCAGAGCUAUGGUAUAUCAAGCAUAAACGUG